AUGAGUUCCUUAAACCGUGAAGAACCCCAUUACUUUGGUGCUGGCCCAGCAUUGUUGCCGUCAGACGUCUUAAAGCAAGCUGCCUUAGACUUGUUAACUUUCGAUGGCGAGAAUUUAGGUGUGGGCGAAAUCUCCCACCGCUCCAAGACUGCGAUUCAAAUCAUUGAUGAAACAAAGGCUAACUUCACAAAGUUGUUGAAUAUUCCAGACACUCAUGAGGUGUUCUUUAUGCAAGGCGGAGGCACGUUGGGAUUUGCUUCUGUGGCUUACAACUUGCUAGCCAACUACGCCAAGAAGACAGGUAAGAAAGGCAAAGCUGCUUAUGCCGUGACUGGUGGCUGGUCUAAGAAGGCAGCUGAAGAAGCCAAAAGAUUGGGAUUUGAGGUUGACAUUGUUGUUGACACAAAGACCUCAAAAUUCAACCACAUCCCGCCAUACAGCGAAUGGGCCCCAAUUGACAAGGAGAAUACCGCUUACUUGUAUGUAUGUGAUAACGAAACCGUUCAUGGAAAUGAAUUUAAUGACGUGCCGGGAUCGGACUACUUGCCGGAAAAUGUCGAGCUAGUGGCUGACAUGUCAUCAAAUAUCUUAUCCAAAAAGCUUGAUGUUUCGAAGUAUGGUCUUAUCAUGGCGGGCGCCCAGAAAAACGUCGGAUUGGCUGGUUUGACUGUUUACAUCAUCAAGAAGAAUUUGCUCGAUCAAAGCUCAGACGAUGAAUUGAGGGAAUUAGGUAUCCCUUUGACACCGAUCGCCUUCCAAUUUCCCACUGUGGUGGCCAACAACUCUGCGUACAACACCAUCCCAAUUUUUACGUGUCACAUCUUGAAAUUGGUGACUGAAAAGUUGUUGAAAAUGGGUGGCAUUGAAGCCAUUGAAACUAUCAACGAGAAAAAGGCAAGCUCAUUGUACGGUGUAUUAGAGAAAUACCCUCAAUUAUACAAGUUGCCUGUCGAGAAAAACUCUCGCUCGAAGAUGAAUGUUGUCUUCACCCUUCCAAACGAGGACUUGGAGUCCAAGUUCUUGAAGGGGGCAGCUGAGGACAAGUUGACGGGCUUGAAAGGACACAGAUCGGUGGGAGGUAUUAGAGCCUCUCUCUACAAUGCAGUGACUGCGGACAGUACUGAGAGGUUGGUAAAAUACAUCGAGAAUUUUGCAAAUGACAACGCUUAG